AUGCAAUCCGUUCUGAAACCCAUAAUUGGCCCUAAGAAGGAGAUCCACGAUCUAACCGGUCGAGUCGCUCUGAUAACCGGAGGGGCAUUGGGCAUCGGUUAUGAGGUCGCCCGUGCCUUCGUCCUCAAUGGGGCGCGCGUGAUCAUGGUAAACCGAAAAGAAGAUCAAGGCCAAGAAGCUAUCGAGAAGAUCAAAGAGGAAGCCGGCCAAGAUGCCAAGAUUGAAUGGCGCUCUUGUGAUAUGGGCAAUCUCGCUCAGAUCAAGGAGGUAUUUACGGGUAUCCGGGAACGCGAGGAGCGUCUUGAUCUGCUCAUUCUCUCCGCGGGCAUUAAUGCAAACCAGUUCGGCUUAACUGAUGAUCACAUCGACCGACACUUCCAAGUCAACUGGCUAGGCCAGUUCUAUGUGUGCAACUUACUCUUCCCGCUGAUACGGAAGACGUCGAAAUUGCCGAAUACGCCUGCGCCUCGAAUCGUGUGGGAGUCCUCCGAGCAGCACCGUUCGGCACCCAAGGUUGUCCAUUUUGGCUCCCUGGAGGAGAUCAACAACCCCGAGAUUGACCCUACGGAGCUGUACGGGAGGUCGAAAUUGGCGAUCAUUCUCGGGGUCAAGUAUGGGUUUUUGGAUCGCGUGAUUAAGCCGAAUGAUGACAAUAUAUAUGUACUUUCGGUACACCCGGGCGCUGUCAACACAGCCAUGCAGCAGCAGUGGCAAGAUGCGUAUCCCGGAUUGUUCGGGAAGGCCAAGACAGCCGUGAUGUUGGCAAUCGGUCGGGAUGUUGAACAAGGUUCCUUCAGUACACUCUGGGCAUCCACGAGCCCGGAGAUAAAAGAAAACAGUUGGAAUGGAUAUUACUUCUCAGAUUCUGUACAACCUGGGAAGGAAUCGAGCCAGGCAUCGGAUCCUACUUUGGGAGCUUCACUUUGGGACCUCAGUCAUCGUAUCAUCAAGGAUAAGGUUGGAGAGGAUUCAAUUGUGAACUGGAACUCCAGCAAGCCCUAA